AGCAGCACCUUCUCUCCUUUCAAUCCACCAAGCAUUCCUCUUGCCGUCAAGAGCCCUUAUUUGAACGCUUGGCUUCCUUCUGGUAGCAACCCAGAUGCAACACCCCCAAACUAUGUCGGAAACGGAGGUUACCUUGCUGGUCAAUAUCCCGCGUUUUGGACAUCUUCUUAUGGUGCUGACGGUGAUUAUCGUUUAGGAUGGACUGGGUACAUUCGUGUGGAUAAUACUACCUAUCAAUGGAUGGGUAACGGUUUCGGUACGAUUGUACGUGCAGGACAAAAUGCAAAGCAAACAAGUCUCACAUACACCUCUACCAGAUCAAUCUUUUCUUUCGAUGCUGAUGGUGUCAAAUUCAACGUGACUUUCAUGACACCCGUUUGGCCUAAUGAUUAUUUCCGUCAAAGUAUUCCUCUCAGUUAUAUGCACUUCUCCUUGGAUCGUAGCAGCGCGACAAAUAGAAGCGUUCAAAUGUAUACAGAUAUCGAUGAGAGAUGGUGCACCGGUCACGAUUACGAUUACCAGAAUUAUCCAAUGAACAUGCAAUGGGUUGACAAUGCUAAUGGAUCUUCAAUCUAUUUCGUCCAACGAACAAAUCCACAACAAUAUACAGAAUUCCGUCAACGUGCCGAAUGGGGCUCUGCAACGUAUGCCGUUCGUAAACGUAAAGGAUUGAGCUCGCGAAACAAUAAUAAUGUGGUCGCUCAACUUGAAUUCUUGACGCAAGGAUCAAUGACAUAUGACCAUAAUCCCGUUGGAGGACCGGAUAAUUCAUUCUCGUAUGCCAUUGACUUUGAUGGAAAAGGUGGAGAUGAAGCUCUGUUUGCCAUUGGUUUCAUUCGUACGCCAUAUGUCAAUUAUAUUAAAAAGGUCCCUUCAAAGAAUGACACAAACCACGAUGGAAGUCCGAAAUCAUACCUACAAGACAGGUUCGGUUAUUGGAUGGCAAAGUAUCCCAACUUUUCUGAUCUCGUUUCGUUCUUCAUGGAUGACUAUGAAAAUGCUUUGGAUCAUUGUAUCAAACUGGAUCAACAAAUCGAUCAAGAUAGUCAAAAGGCUGUUGGAGGCGGUGAGAUUGGUGCUCAAUAUUCUGCAAUCACCCAAUUAAGUCUCCGUCAAUCAUUUGCAACUUUGGAAUGGACUGUGCCAUACAACGAUACCAGCAAAUCUUACAAUACUUCCGAUACAAUCGUCUUUUUGAAGGAGAUUAGUUCCAACGGAGACAUGCAAACAGUCGACGUUUUCACACCUCAAUUCCCGAUGUUGACUUAUUUGAAUCCGGAAAUCUUGCGCGAUAUCAUGAGACCGAUCUUUGAAUAUACCGAAUCAGGCUUGUACCCUAACAAAUGGUGCGUACACGAUUUGGGAGUGUAUCCAUCUGCAUUUGGACACAAUGAUGGAAAAGAUGAACCUAUGCAAGUAGAAGAAAGUGGAAAUAUGAUUUUGUUGGCACUGCAUUAUGCACAAUUGGUAGGAGAAAAAGUUGCAAAGCCUUGGUUAUCAUCGCAUUACAAAAUUAUGAAACAAUGGGCAGAAUUUUUGAUUGAAGAUUCAUUGGUGCCUGCAGCGCAACUCAGUACGGACGAUUUUGCGGGAACGUUGGCUAAUCAAACCAAUUUAGCUCUCAAGGGUAUUGAGGGUAUUGCCGCAAUUGGACAUAUUGCAAACAUGAUCGGCAAGACUGAUGAUGCAAAGAAUUAUGCCAAUGUCUCUCAAACGUACAUCCAAGCCUUUUACGGAUAUGCAAUCAACAAGAAUGGCAGUCAUGUCAAGUUGGACUAUCAAGAUGACAACAGUUGGGGAACUUUGUAUAAUUUGAUUUUCGAUCGCUUGCUCAAUCUUGGCUUAGUGGCAAAGGAGAUCUACACGAAGCAAGACGCAUUCUACCCUACAAAGGUGCAAAAGUACGGUACACCACUCGAUUCACGUUAUACAUGGGCAAAGACUGAUUGGCAAAUGUGGGCAAGUGGAACGGCCGAUAAUACGACAACAAAAGAAUUUUGGAUUGAAGAAUUGUACAAAUAUGUUACAGAUCGUAAAGAAGAUGCACCAUUUUCUGAUUUAUAUGAAACUCUUGAUGGAGAUUUCCCAAGGGAGCCAUCAACGCCAAGAGUUUUGUUUAUCGCUAGACCGGUUGUUGGAGGACACUUUAUUCACUUGGCAUUGGAUAAAGCCAAUGCGGCAAACAAUGUGACCGAGUAUCAAUAUGGA